UCCACCACAAACUCCUCAACCACAGCCGUCCCCUCCUCCAGCCGUGAAAGUCCUCAUCAAGCCCAAACAGAAGCUCGCGCCGCAGUCCUCGCAUCCCUCGAAUCCGCCGGCUCACACUACGACACGAAAUUCCAACGGCGAGCCACCGAUUUACACGCCAACGCCACCGCCAUUGCCAAGCAAGAAGCCGAGCUCCAGAAACAGACGUCUGCUCUCGCUAAAGAGGGCGCGAAAUGGCAACGGCAACUCGAUCGGGCGACCAAAUGUGUCAAUGAGAUUGGCCAUGUGCAGAAUUGGGCCGAGAUGCUGGAACGCGAUUUUUUGGUGCUCGAGGAGACGUUGAGGCUGGUGGAG